CCGGGCUCUGCAGCCCGUAGCCGGUGCGGUGCCAUGGCGAGCCUCCUGGCGCGGCGGACUGCCGCAGCCGCCGGCCGCCGCUUCAUCCUCCUGCUCUCGCCGCUGCCCACGGGUCCGGCGGCGCAGCGCAGCACUUGGGCGCUGCCCGCCGCCCUGGUGCGACGGGGCGGCCUGGUGGGUGGCCGCUGGGUGGAGACGCCCGCCGCUUUCCCUGUGCAGGACCCGGCCAGUGGCGACGAGCUGGGCCGGGUGGCCGACUGCGGGGCGGCCGAGGCGCGGGCAGCCGUGCGGGCGGCACACGAGGCCGGCGCUGCUUGGGGCCGCCUCCCCGCCAAGGAGAGGAGCAUGCGGCUCCGCCGGUGGUACGAGCUGAUGAUGGAGAACAAGGACGAGCUGGCCAAGAUCAUAACGGCGGAGAAUGGGAAGCCUCUGAAAGAAGCACAGGGUGAAAUCCUGUAUUCUGCCUCCUUUCUGGAGUGGUUUGCAGAGGAAGCUCGCCGUGUUUAUGGUGAUGUCAUUCCAGCGUCUUCAAAAGACAGAAGAAUCCUGGUGCUGAAGCAGCCAGUUGGAGUUGCAGCCAUUAUAACCCCAUGGAAUUUCCCCAGCGCUAUGAUUACCCGGAAGGUUGGUGCAGCUCUGGCAGCUGGCUGUACAGUGGUAGUGAAACCAGCAGAGGACACGCCUUUAUCAGCAUUAGCUCUUGGGGAGCUUGCAAACCAGGCUGGAAUUCCAGCAGGAGUGUAUAAUGUUGUUCCUUGUUCCAGAGAACAGACACCAGCUGUAGGGGAAGUUUUGUGCACUGAUCCAUUGGUCGCCAAAAUAUCUUUUACUGGCUCCACAGCAACCGGAAAGAUUCUGCUGAAGCAUGCAGCUGGCACUGUGAAGAGAGUUUCCAUGGAGCUUGGAGGACAUGCUCCCUUUAUAGUCUUUGACAGCGCCGAUGUGGACCGUGCUGUUGCAGGAGCCCUUGCUUCUAAGUAUAGAAACUCGGGGCAGACCUGUGUUUGCACAAACCGUUUCCUGGUGCAAAAGGGAAUUCAUGACAAAUUUGUGGAAAAGUUUGCUAAAGCUAUGGAGAAAGAACUUCAUGUUGGAAGUGGAUUUGAUGCAAAAACUACUCAAGGGCCACUAAUUAAUGAAAAAGCAGUGGAGAAGGUAGAGAAGCACAUUAGGGAUGCAGUUUCUCAAGGAGCAUCUGUUGUGACUGGUGGGAAACGACACAGCUUGGGGAAGAAUUUCUUUGAGCCAACAUUACUUAGUAAUGUUACAACAAAAAUGCUUUGCACCCAAGAGGAAACAUUUGGGCCUUUAGCACCAGUUAUCAAAUUUGAGACUGAAGCAGAAGCUAUUGCUAUAGCAAAUGCAGCUGAUGUGGGUUUAGCAGGAUAUUUCUAUUCCCAAGAUCCAGCUCAGAUCUGGAGAGUUGCAGAACAGCUGGAAGUCGGAAUGGUUGGUGUUAAUGAAGGCAUAAUAUCCUCAGUGGAAAGUCCUUUUGGUGGGAUAAAACAGUCUGGUUUAGGGCGAGAAGGUUCGAAAUAUGGCAUUGAUGAAUACAUAGAAAUAAAAUAUGUCUGCUUUGGAGGCUUAUAAAUAUCUUCAAAAAGUACAAUCCCAACAGCUUGGAAAAAAGUGCUGUAGUUUUAAUAAGCUUCCUGAACCAGAAAUAUGUAUGAAUGCAACUUCUACCUUCUUUAAAACUAAGCAGUUCUGUUCUGUGUGUGUAGAGAUAUUCACAGUAUUCUGUGCUGCCAUAUUUUUACACAUUUUUAAUUUAUACAUUCAGUUUUCCAGCAGUGUGAUUACAAUGUUUAUAAUUUUUAGGAAGGAGUAGGGAAGAAUGCACAGAUACUACUCUUUGAAUAUGUGUAUGUAACUGGGAGGACACGAUCUUGUGCAUAGUGAAAACAGAUCAAAACCUACAGCAAAAGGAAACUAGGCUGCUAUUUUCUACUGCCUCUAAUGUUUCAGUGUGGAUGUGGGAGGCUUUGGGGAUGACAGUCUCCCAGUAGAAUUUUUUGUAAAUACUUAAAAUUUCUAAUUUGGUUAUGUGACUUUCUUUUAGAGGUGGGUGUGUAAUUUUCUUUUAAUUGUGGGGGAAUUUGAUGCUUAUGAAAGGUGAAUUGCUUUUAACUACUGUGAGGCAUCCAUGCAGGCAAAUGGACAGCUUUUUCAGUGCAUGUUAAUGCUGGUUGCAGAGCUGCCACUUGUUUAGCUUUGGGCUUCUGAGCAAAGAGCUGUAAUUUGUGCCUAACAGCUUACACAUGCCUGGGAUCUAACAUGGUCCUUGUCUGAUGUUUGCAAGCCACAGCAGUCCUAGGAACAGGACAGUGCAGGACAUCAAGUUGCUGGCUUAAGUGAGUAGCAGGAGGAAGAUGGGAAUAACUUGCAGAGUUGUAAGGGACACCAAGGGCAGUGUGAAGGAAGCACAAGUGGUGACCUAAGAUAAGCUCUCUGCCAUGAAAAGACUGUGACUUUCCUAGGGUAGAACACAGUCACAGAUGUAAACAUUGCUCAGUGUCUAAAGGAAUGUGAGCAGAUAGGUGGUUCUGUUCCUAUGGGCUUUGUGCCUUGAAUUUCAUUUUUUGUUACAUGGGUGAAUAUCCACUAAUAGGAAAGGUUUAAAAAGCCUCUGAAUUUGGCUAACUUUAAAGUGUUUAGAGGUGAAAGUUCUAUACAUCACCUCACUAUUAUAUAAUGGUAAUCUUCAAAAGAUGACUUAAAACUUACUGAAUAUGAAAUAAGCAAUGCUUUUAAGCAUCAUUUUAAUGGUAGUCGAAAGAUUUUACAAAAUGUGCAGAUUUUACAAAUAAAUGAGCACUGUGCUGAAUAUGUGGAAUAAUUUCCUUUUUUCCAGUGUUGGAUAACUGUAUUUGUUGGGGCUUUAGUAAUAAUUUAAAAAAAAAAAAGGCAACAGAGCUUUUUUUCCCAUACACUUGUGAAUGUACGCUAUGAACUGGGAUAUUUUUAAAGGUAUUUUAUGUAAUCAGGCAAAGAGGUACUAGAUAACACAAGACUUGGGAGUUGGGGAAGUAAGCUGGAACUGAGUUUCACAGCGGCUUUUUAACACGCACAUAAGGUAGCAUUGACUGCUACUUACUGUUUCUAAGUAUUUUUUUAUGGUUAUAUUUGUGUAACACUUGAGACAGGUGGGUCUGUAACACUUUAUUUGUCAGCAGACUGUAUGCAUCAUGCCAACUGAAGCGUGGUUUAAAAGACACUUACUGCCCUUCCAAUAAUUUCCAGUGCACCAAAAAGGCACAUGUGAGAUCAUGAAGGCUAAAAACUGUUACUGGUUGCAGCAGAUGUGCUUGUUGUCAAGAACAUGAAAAGGAUGGCCUAUUUCUACACUAGUUGCAAGAAACUUCCUUAUAGUAAGCUUCUAAAACUUAAAGACUACUCAAGUGCACAGGCAGUCUGAAUUUGGGGCGUACAGUGUUGUGGAAAAGGAAGCUGUUUGCCAGCCUUGGCUGCUGGUACAUGUUUAUUUCUUACUGGAGAGAGUAACUAGGUAGAGAGGUCAUAAACUUGGUAUCUGGGUACCACAAAACAGAGAUGCAGGCACACUUACAGGUGUUGUACACACUUAGAGGAUCUGCCACAUAAACUACACAGACUUAAAAUAUGUCUGCCUGUGAACUGCAGCAGUAGGUAAAAAUGAGUUACCUUAUUUACUGCUGAAUGACAAUGCAGCCAUCAAUGUGGGUGUCUUUCUUGGGACAGUGCAGUUGGGAGGAUAAAAUCUUGAACUUGCUGCUCUGUUCAUUACUGAUGCAGAUGUGUUGGUGCAUUUUAAAUCUUGAUGUCUUUUCUGAGAAUAGCACUGUUAAAAUUAAUGUUUACUUUUUUCUAGUAAAUAACACCUUUUACUAUGCCUGGUAACAAGCACAUACCAUAACUAAAUAUAAGGUAUGUAAUAAAUUUAAAAAUACCUUUGUCUGGAUUGGCUUGUGGUUAAAUUCCAGCAUAGUAUCAUUGUAUCAGUGACAUCUACAUCAGUUAAGCACAGAAUAAUCUUAAAAGUUGUCUUCAUAGCAAAAGCUGUGAUUCUUCAACAAAAGAUAUACUUGAAUUAUCACACUUUGGUUGACUAUGUUUGUGAUAGUUUAGCUAUUUAUGAAUAUUAAAACUGUGAUAGGAAAAUGUUUCCAGUUAAUAAAAGUAACAUCUGUGAAAACACUGAA